GGGGCGCGGGAGGGCGCCAAGGGGCGGCCGGGCUGCGUGGUGUCGGUCGGUCCUGGGCUGGGUAGGACCCGGCCGGGCCUGCUGGGUUGGGCUGGCCUCGGCCGGAUCGGGCGGCGCCGCCAUGAGCUCCGGCGGAACGCUGAGCAUCCUGCGCAGCGACUCCUACGCCGAGCUCAGCCAGUACCGAGACCAGCACUUCCGGGGGACGCGGUACGACCAGGAGCGCCUCCUGAGGAAGAGCUGCACGCUUUACGUGGGGAACCUGUCCUUCUACACCACCGAGGAGCAGAUCCACGAGCUCUUCGGGAAAAGCGGCGACAUCAAGAAGGUCAUCAUGGGGCUGGACAAAGUGAAGAAAACCGCCUGCGGCUUCUGCUUCGUGGAGUAUUAUGCUAGAGGAGAUGCUGAAAAUGCAAUGAGAUACAUAAACGGGACCAGACUUGACGACAGGAUCAUAAGGACAGACUGGGAUGCAGGAUUUAAGGAGGGUAGGCAGUAUGGCCGUGGAAGAUCAGGGGGACAGGUCCGAGAUGAGUAUCGGCAAGACUAUGAUGCUGGAAGAGGUGGCUAUGGCAAAACUGUUCAGUGCCAGUGACUCCUCAGCCUCACAAGAGAACCAAAUCUGCAUUGUGAAUGUCCCCAGGCACAAAGUAGGUCUGUGGCACAUGUAUUCACAGAAACUCCUAUUCAUGUUUCUGUGAGCACAUCCUAUGUUCAAUACCUGUUCUGUUUUAAUACCAGGGUCCAAAGCGUUGCAGAGGACCUGGGAGCAAGGCUUUAAGCAUUAGAAUGCCUGGGGCUUUGGUCUCGACAUGCUGCUGUAACUUACUGAAAGGAACAAAGAUGUAACGUUAUGGUGCUUUUUUCUUCUCUGGCAAAACUUGAUUAUUCUGCCACUGGGUUUUGUUUACAUUGGUAUCACAGGGUGGAGAGCAAUGAUAAAGGAUGAUUGGUGGAUGUUUCACAGAUGAAAGAAAAGGCAAAGAGCCUGAAAAGGAAGUGGAAUUUCUAACGAAAUUUUUCAAUUUCUAGGGAAGACUUUAGUUGCAGAUUUUCUGGGGCUACUGGUUUAGUAUCCUUUUUCACUGGUGCUGUUCCUAGAACAUUAAAUGAACAGACAUAAUAAAACAAAUCAGAUUGAGUUCAGGACUCACAAAGUAAGAAGAGAGCAGGAAACACACCUCUGCAGUCUUCUCCAAAGUAUAAUUGUGAUUGCAUGACAGAAAACAGCAAAUACAAGAAUUACAGUAGCUGUUAUUUCACAGUUUGAGUAUUAGUAUUUUGCCCUGUCUGGUAGCUCUCUACAGCCUUAAUGUUUGAGGGUAAUAUCUUCCCUGUGCCUGUAAGGGGUGCAUGAAGCCAAAUCACCCCCAAAAUGGGGUGUUUGAGGACCUGGGGUUAUAAUGAGAAAGUUUCUUCCCAAAAUAGGUUUUCUAUUUGAGAAACUUGAUUUCAGACAAAUUAAAAAUAGUAACAAAAGAGUUUUGGGAGGAGCCCAAAACUUUCUACUGAGCAUGUGAUAAGAAUGGCAAAAAAAAAAUUUCAGGAUUGUGUAGCUUGUUGGGUUUUGGUUUUUUAUUUCCCCACUGGAUCCUGUUCAUAGUGCUUAUUGAUAUGUUGGAAUUUUGGUGUACUGCAGACAUAAGUUUAAAAAAUGUGAUCCCAAGAUCAAUGAAAUUGACCUGCUGAAAUGAAAUCGUUUAAAAGGAACUGUUACAGGGCUUUGGAAUUUCUUCAUGGACUUCUGAGUUCCAUGUGAAUGGCCAUUCAUAAAGGUUUGUCCAAAUACCUUGUUGUCCAUGACUCCUUAGAAACUUUUAAGGGUAUGUGGAAGUUGACUUUUACUCACUGAAGGUAUUUAGGAAAUCUUGAUGUGUUUCUUGUGUACAGUUAGUCACAACUGUUACUUUAGGUUGCAAAACCAGAUUGAACAACUGCUUACUUAGGAAAUGUGGUUUUGGGUGGGCUUUGAGGUUUUUUGGCAUGUACAGUAAAGCUAGAUUUUUGGGAUCACUUAGCACUGGUCUGCAAACAAGACUUGGAACAAAGUUAUCUUUUCCAAUACAAUACAUUUUAUUCUGAGUUUACAGCCUGUAAUCUGCUCUAGAACAUUGCUGAAGUUUUAUUUUUCAUUGUAUCAACUUUGUAUAAAAAAUGUGUUGCCAAAAACUCUAAAGUCACUUUCUUUUAAAUAAAGCUGCAACAUUAAAAUGG